AAAAAUUCAGCCUACUGCUAGUUGGCUUUACCUUUCAGCUAGCUUCGAUAGGUUAACUAUAAGAAAACAAACAUUCCACCUUCUUCAAUGCCCAAAAUUUCAUUCUUAUAUUAGUUAUAAAGCAAAACCCUUAUAACCACACAUUCACAUACUUCAUUCCCAAGUAACCUAUCUUAGUUUUUUUUUUUUUUUUUUUUAUAUUUUUUAUUCCCUCACAAACACCACAACCAAAGUUGACAUAACAAAUUUUAAUUUUGUGCUAGUUUUUUUUUUUUUUUUUUAGUUUUGCCAAUUCAAAUGGGGAGUGAAUGCAAUCCAAACAAACCCCAUUACGAUAUCACCAUGUCCAAGAGAACAAGAAGGCGAUUAAAUCUCGAAAAAGAAAUCUCAAUGAAUUCGUGCUCUAGAGAGAAACAAAGUGAUCCUCAAGAAAGUGUUUGUAAAGUUGAAGAUAAAUCUGCUAAUGGAGGAGAAGAAAGUGAUCAUCAGAGCUUGAAGCAGCUGAUGCACAUGUGGGUCCCCCACUCAGGCGCACUCCCCCUUUUUUUACAGUUUUUUUUUUCAUUCUUUGAUGCCUCCUCUCUCUUUGUGAACACAAACACCACAUUCAAAGUUCACACAGCAAAUUUUCAUUUUGUGCUAGUUUUGCCAAUUCAAAUGGGAAGUGAAUGCAAUCCAACCAAACCCCAUUAUGAUAUCACCAUGUCCAAGAGAACAAGAAGGCGACUAGAUCUCGAAAAAGAAGCUAAUCUGCAGAUCUCCAUGAAUUCGGAAAAAGGAAGUGACUGUCAAGAAAGUGUUUGUAAAGUUGAAGAUAAGUCUGCAAAUGAAGGAGAAGAAAAUGAUCACAAGAGCUUGAAGCAGCUGAUAAAGACUACUUCUCUUGGCGAACACUUCACAGAAGAAGAGAAGCAGCUUCAAAUUGUGGUUAAACAAGAAGAAGAUGGCAUAGAUGGAGUGAAGUUCAAAAGAAUGGUUAGUAGAUAUGCCAAAAUUUUGAGCCAUUUAAUCAAGCUUAAGAAGAAGGAUCCACAUUUAGGGUCCCGGAAAAAGCCAGUUCUUCAAUUAAAAAUGUAGGUUUUGAUCAAGCGGAUGAGAAUUUUUUUGAGCCUACAUAUCAUAUCAUCUGUUUAUGCACCUAUUACAUACGUAUGUGUGUGUCGUCCAUAUAUAAACUGAUGCCUGUAAAGUCUAUUCAUUAGUAAAAGCUUUAUUGUACAUGCUCAUGUAUAACAGUAUCCGGUUAUUUACUCUUAAUUUUGUGCUUAUGUCCUUUGAAGAUUAGCAAAUAAUAUGCAAUAUAUAUGAAC